CUCUUUAAUUUUGAUCAAUUCAAAGAAGUUACGCAGCAAGUGCAUAAAUACAACUAUUUUUAUGAUUAUUCACGAUGAUGAAUAAUCCUAAAAAUACUUUGAAGUAGACAACACCUCCUUCGAUCUUCCUUCGUCUUCAUCACAUGUAACUUGGCUUCCAUUUCUCUGCACAGUUGACCUUCGUCGUAUAAGCUGUGAGGCGAGCUUAGUUUGAGUGUAUGCAUGGGUGAGUAUACAGGUGAAGCAGAUGUACGUGCCGGCGGCGAAGAAGAUGAUGAACCAGAAGCUCUCCUACGGGAACCAUCCUUGGCCGGAGGGGCCAGUACGCCGUGGAAUUGGGGAGAUUCCUGCAGCGCCGUCGUGGUGGGAAGGCGGUCAGUGAUCACUAUGGUGCUGGUGGGGCUGUCUGUCUUGGUGGUGUUUCUGCUCAACUCUUCCGCUCCUGCAGAUUUUCUCUCCAUCUCACAAUUACCCAAGGGAAACAAUGUGACGGAGUCAAAGCUAGAGAGAGUUCUAAGAAGAGCUACGAUGGAGAACAAGACAGUGAUACUGGCGACCCUGAACGAUGCGUGGAUUGAACCGGGUUCGAUAUUCGACCUGUUUCUGGAGAGUUUUCUGAUCGGGAACAACACACAGAAGCUGUUGAAUCACCUGGUGCUCGUAACUUGGGAUCAUAAGGCUUAUAAUCGUUGCUUGGAGGUGCAUCCACAUUGUUAUCAGAUGGAGACGAAAGGUGAUCAAGGAGACUAUGGUGGCGAUACGUUCUUCAUGACCCCAAAAUAUCUCCACAUGAUCUGGCGAAGAACUGAGUUCCUUAGUUCUGUUCUUCACCUUGGUUACAGCUUCGUCUUCACGGACUUAGAUAUAAUGUGGCUUAGAGACCCGUUUGAGAGGUUUUUCAAAGAUGUAGACUUCCAAAUUGCUUGUGAUCGCUUUAAUGGAAACUCUAUGGACACAACAAACGAGCCAAAUGGGGGGUUCUUGUAUGUAAGAUCUAAUCAUAAGACCAAAGAUUUCUACAAGUUGUGGAUUGAGUCAAGAAAAAUUGAUCCAAAACUAAAUGAACAAGACGUGCUUAACAAGAUCAAGACCCACUCCUUUGUGUCUAUAAGGAAGAUGAUAAUUAGGUUCCUUGACACAACUUAUUUUGGAGGGUUUUGUCAAGCAAGUAGGGAUUUCAACAAAGUUUGUACCAUGCAUGCCAAUUGUUGUGUUGGUUUGGACAACAAGAUCUUUGAUCUUAAGAUUUUGCUUCAAGAUUGGAGACACUACAUCACUUUGAAUCCAGAUCAGAAAUUACAUUCACACCCUUCUUGGAGGGUUCCAAACAGUUGCAGAGUGAUUGAAGCCUAUUUAUCAGAGGUUAUGAUCGUGGCAAGCCAAUUGCUGGUCAAGUUCAGAUUGAAAAUGAAGGAAUAUAGAAAAGCAAAUGUACAAGUUCUCAAGCCUAUUUACCAUUUUUGUUCAUGUUAAUUAUAUAUUCAAGUUCUUAAGACAAAAGUUAAAGCAACCUGUGAAUUUCAAUACUCAUAGUUGACAUUCAGUCCUAACAUUUUAAUUAUCUUUUAUACCUUUUUUUAAUCUUUAUUGUUGUAUAGUUAUGAUAGCUUCUUCUUCUUCUUCUUUUUCUUUUUUAAUUUCAAAAAAAAGCACAAAGUUGUAUGAUUAUGAACCUUCCAUUUUAUGAUCAA